UUGAGCCCCUAGGGUAUUUGUUCCUUUCUUCUCUUAUUAUUAUUUCCCUGUGUGAAAAUGUUUUGCAUAUGGAAGAUAAAUCAAGUUAGAAUUUGUAUCUCUAUGGUAAACUACUGUACAGUUUUAAUUCCAUGGUAACUCUUAGGUUUAAUUUUGAAGCAAAAUCUAGAGGCUGAAAUUCCUCACUGAAUCAAUUUUAUAGUAAGCACAGUUUAAACAUCCUUCUCUAUAGGAAAAUUGUAACUUUUGCUGAUUUUUAUUGGCACUGAUUUUUUUUGUAUUACCUAUGUGCUGAUUUUCUUUAAAAUUUUAAUUAUAGAAAAUUAUAGAAUAUUUCUGAAAACCUAUUAAAAUUUUGCACGCAUGUGCCAAAAAACCCAUAGUUCUAUAUAAUUUAUGCUACAAAUUGCUGUACAUACAGGCUUAUAUUUUUUUGCUUUAUACAGUCUAUCUUCUAUAGCCUUUUAUACCACACUGGUAAGCAGUACUUUCUAUUAGGGAAAUUAUAUACUUUUAUGUGAGAGUACCAUAUUUUAUUUACCCUUACCCUGCCUGUCACCUAUUUAAGUGAAUCCUUUUCUUUUUAAAAAGUGUGAAAUGCUCUGUAACAUACCACAUGUUGUAAGUAUUUUCUUAUACUGACAUUCAUCAUCAGUUAGUGUGUUGUUUUGGUUUUACAGAGACUCAUCAGUCAGGUUUUAACUUGAAUACCUUUGAGGUGGUGGUUUGUUUAUCUGUAAGCCCUCCUUAUCUGAAAUACUGUCCUACAAUCCUAUAGCUGUCACUAAGAAACAAAUCUUGAUUCUCUGCAAUGUUGGUGAAGGAUUUGGCCAAAUCCAAAUUGCUGUUACCAGCUUGCAUUUCAGGAGACCGCUGAAAAUUGAAGGAUCUAAAUACUGCUCUGAUUAAUCAGAUCACAAAACAUUUAAUACAAAAAUUGCGCUCUCUCCGGUCCGUGCCUCCAAAAUGACAAAGAAAAGAAGGAACAAUGGUCGUGCCAAAAAGGGCCGCGGCCACGUGCAGCCUAUUCGCUGCACUAACUGUGCCCGAUGCGUGCCCAAGGACAAGGCCAUUAAGAAAUUCGUCAUUCGAAACAUAGUGGAGGCCGCAGCAGUCAGGGACAUUUCUGAAGCGAGCGUCUUCGAUGCCUAUGUGCUUCCCAAGCUGUAUGUGAAGCUACAUUACUGUGUGAGUUGUGCAAUUCAUAGCAAAGUAGUCAGGAAUCGAUCUCGUGAAGCCCGCAAGGACCGAACACCUCCACCCCGAUUUAGACCUGCGGGUGCUGCCCCACGUCCCCCACCAAAGCCCAUGUAAGGAGCUGAGUUCUUAAAGACUGAAGACAGACUAUUCUCUGGAGAAAAAUAAAA